AUGGCAAAAGUCCAAUCAAAUCAAGACUUGCAGUCGUCGGAGCCACCCCAGCCCCCUCCGGAUCCGAAUGUCGGGAAUGGAGCCAGCCGAGAGCGGAAUAUGGACCGCCAUGCGGGAGGGAAACGGAAGAGUGACCAUGGGUCCGCGACCGACAGCAUCGGGCAGUACCGUACAGCUUGUUUUACGUGCCGGGCCGCGAGACAGCGAUGUGACCGACGCAUGCCAUGUUCAAGAUGUACCUCUCAAGGCCACACUUGCCAAUACCCGCCGCGUUCAAAUAGAGGUCGCAAGGAGGGGAGUACUAAUAAGCCAGAUAGCCUCGAGAAGUUACUAGCACGCAUCAACGACAGUCCUGUAAAGGAUGAGGUGAUCGCAGCCAUUGUUAAGUCCCUCGAUACCGGAUCAACGACUUCGUCUCCGCCACUGAGCGAUUCAUCUCCGGGCUCAAAAGUUACGCCAACGUCAAAUCACAACACACGCGCAACUGCUUCCGCCAAAACCGCCACCGCUGACGACGAUGACGGCUCAGAUAGUUCCGGUAUACCGGACACAACCGGAGUGUCGUGUCCAUGUUACAACCUGAAAAGGCCGAGCUCUGUCUUGUCACCUCUCCAGAUCAUGGCUUCGGCUUUGACGGUGGACAGGACUACCACCACUUCAUCCGUGAGCCAGCAAGCCCAAGCCAGCAAAGGUGAAGCUGUGGACGACCGACUUUUGGAGUACCUCAAUCCCCGGCCCACUCAUCAUACGGAUUGGCAAGUAUUAGCCUCCCAGUCGAACAACAAUACUUUGAAACUGGAGUCGACAGCAUGUGAUCCAGUCACUGCUCGCCUCGUUGAUCAGAGUGAUGUCGCGUUGUACUUUGAGCUCUUUUUCGCAAAACGAAAUCCUCUUGUUGGCUUAUUAGACCCGGCACUACAUACACCAGAGUACGUCUACUCGAUGUCCUUCACUCUCUUCUCUGCUGUGUGCGCUCUUGGCUGCGCCAUUUCAGAGCGACCUCGAGACAGGAUCAUAUACCCUGCACUCAUUUCGAUGGCAGAGGCAAACAUGACAUGGUCGAUCGCCGCUUGUGUAAAGUCCGUUGAGAUCAUUCAAACCAUUCUCUGCAUGAAGUAUUGGUCACCAAUACAUCAGAGGCAAGCAGACGACCCAUAUUGGCUCCAUUUAAGCCAUGCUGCGCAGCUUGCGAGAGAGCUAGGUAUUCAUAAGCCUGCUUUAGUCACUGAGCAAGCCAACGCUCUGUCUCUAGAGUCGACUGCUGAUUUUAGAGAACAAUUACUUCGAAAUUUUGAAAGAACUUGGCUCAAUGUGUUCAUAGCUGACAAGAGUUUCGGUAUCGUUACUGGACGUUCCACGAGCAUCGCUUGGAAUGAACUUCCACCAUGCCCAUGCCAGUGGUGGCGAAAACCUCGGAAUACUCCAUUAGACCGCAUGAUCAGUGGAACUAUAGAAAUCAGAGUUCAACUGCUAGCAUCCUUGAAGCAAUUGGAGCAUGUCAAAAAGACAACAAAUGCCAUCUUAAAUUGGCAUACAACGGCGUUUGACACACUAGAACGCACGCGUACUCUUAGGUGUUCUACUGAUGAUAUGCAAUCAGUGCCAUGUCUUGCUGUCCUAGCAUUUCAUAUUGACCACAGUAUCAUGGUCUUAAAUGCACAGGCUAUGAGAGACUUGAAAACUAUCGAUGAAGUGGGAAUUUCAGCAGAGUUCUCUAUACUGUCCAAGAGGACAUUCAAAACAUCAAUGCGGGCGCUGGAUCUUGUUCUCUUCGAUCCCGCACUAACGGAACUUAAGUUAGGUUGGCAUAACAAUCAGUUCAUCAUGGUUGCACAUGCAAUGACUGAAGUCCUCCACGCUCUGAAGCGUGGUAAUUUACCCUACGCAGACGUUGCAGAGGCAGCAUCCAAAGUCCAGACAGCCCAUAUAUACAUGGAAAAGAUGGCACACGAAUUGCCAGACACAUCUGCGGUUCACAUUUACCUUGCUCUCUCUCGCGUGUUUGCUUCUGAGGUAGAGAAGAUUUUGAAAACCGAGAGCAACAAUCAAGACCAGGAAAUGAGUGGCGAUCCGAGCCUAUUUAUGCCGGACUGGCUGAGAGGUGUCAAUAGCAGUUCAUUAGAUCCGGCUCUUUGGUUCGAUGUGGGAUUUCUGACUGUUGAGCAGCCAAACUUGAAUGCUGUGGACCCGAGCGGAAUUGAGGGUCUAAACAACCUGACGUUUAAUUGA